CUGCGACUGGGGAACCCCAGACACUUCCCCUUCGCGCCGCAGCACCCCGACUCUCCACGGCAUGCCGCGCUGCCCUGAGUCCAGCUGGGAGGUGACGGACCUCCCCGACGGCCUCGACGAGGCCGUGCACGACGGCCGAUCCGGUCCCUGCCGGCGUGAGCAGGCAGCAGGCACGGCCCGCGCCGACGCCCUCGCGAGCGGCCAGGACGGCUUGGCUGCAGGCCUCGAGCUCGAGCCGCCCGCCGACCAUGCGCUGCACGCGGGGGGCAGCACCGCUUUAAUGGGACACGACCACCAGGACGCCUGGGGGGCGCCCAAGUGGGGCGCGACCAGCGGCGCCGACGGCGACAGUGCGUCCGCAGCAGACGCGCUCUCCCCCGCUUCCCGUGCGGGGGCGGCUCCCGUCGCGGCAUGGGCCCAGCUCCGCGCGCUGCUCCCAGAGGACCGCGCGCGUGCGACAGCGCACACGCCGAGCGCGCCGCUGGCACGGCGGCAGGCCGCGAUGGCUGAGGGGCUGCCGCCGUGGAGGUCCUUCUGGCAGCCCGCGGCUGAACCCGCGCCGCCGCCGCCGCCCGCCUCAGCCGCAGCACCGCGUGGCCGGGCAUCCGCUCGGGCGGCUGAGACCGCUGUGGCCCUGGCGAGGCUUCGAAAGCCACCAGGCGGCGUCGGCCUCCCGAAGCACUUCGAGGGGGUGCUGAGCGUUGGCUCCGUGGGCCACCCCUACACCUGCCGGGAGCCCUGCAAGUACGUGCGCAAGAUCCGUGGGUGCAAGGACGGGGCGGACUGCGACCGCUGCCACGCGGGCGGGUGCACCAGCUUUGCCUGGCGCCGAUCGGCAUGA